AUGAAAAGCAAACCUAAGCAAACCUGGACAACAGUUAGUUUGGUGGACAACAAGCAAACGAUAGAGAUGAGCCAACAUACAACAAUGGGCUGGCCAACAAGCAACGAUUCCAGCAACGAGCCAACAAGAAACAACAAGCCAGCAUGCAACAAUGAGCCAGCAAGCAACGACCAUGGAGACUGAAUGAUUCCAACAAUGAGCCAACAACGGGGAACAACGACAAAAGGGAGCCAAGGACCAGCAACCAAGGAGGAGCCAGCAAAUGAUAGUGGAUUCAAACCAAAGCAAACUGGGACAACAGUUUGUGGACAACAAGCAAACGAUAGAAAAACAAGCAAGCGAUAGAGACGAUAGCGAUAGAGACGAUAGAGACGCCAACAUACAACAUUGGGCUGGCCAACAAGCAACGAUUCCAGCAACGAGCCAUAACAAGAAACAACAAGAAACAACGAGCCAGCAAGCAACGAUACCAACAAUAAAGACCAAUGAUUCCAACAAUGAGCCAACAACAGCGAACAACCACAAAAGGGAGCCAAGGACCAGCAACCAAGGAGGAGCCAGCAAAUGAUAGUGGAUUGGAUUCAGCUCGUUGUGAUCCGAAAAAGAAAAGCCAUUUGCCAGAAAGAAGAAGUAGAAGGCAUGCCCAGCAAAUGAUAGUGGAUUGGAUCCAGCCCAUUUUGAUCCUCCCUCGGGAGUACUAUGGCGAAGGUCCCGCACCACUGAAAAAGAAAAGCCAUUUGCCAGGAAGAAGAUAGGAAGGAACGGGUCUCGUCACUCAUCGUCAUCAUCAUCAAGGAGGCAGAGGCAGCGAAACCACGCAAGGAGGCAAGGAAACGAAACCAUACAAAGAGGCGUGCAAGGAGGUAACGACACGAACCGAAUGAAACGAAACAAGCAAUUGGAUCUCUGACAAACAAAACGAAACUUCUCCAAUCACACGAGAAAAACCAGGAGAACGCAAAACAGAGGCAAACCUUUGGCCAACACCAACAGGACAGCUGAGUGCUUCAGGGUCGCCACCUUGGGAAUCAAUGAGGCAAAUGCUUAUAACCUGCUUGCCUAGCCGCUAGGUAGUAUGGCAGAGGAUGGCAACGAAAGGCUCCAAGCGCAAGAUAAUACCAUGGUACAUCUUCAAGUUUGCAACAAGAUCAUCUUCAAGUUUGCAACCGAUCGUGACGUCAGAACUCCACAAUGUACAUGUACAUGCUCUAGCUAGCUACUACUAGCUAGUAGCUAUGAUAGCUACCGGUACCUGGUAGAGUACCACACCUACUCGAGAACUCUACGAUGUACAUGCUCUAGCUAGCUACCUACCUGGCAACUCUAGCUAGUAUGUACUCGAUUGGCUUCCAUUGAAUGACGUUUUUAGCCAACCCUCACCUGAUUGAUUGGUGGCUGUUGCGGUACCACAGUAGCCAGCUAGUACCAGUCUGGUAGUAGUCUACCCGCGCAUCAGGGAUGGAUGCGCUCUCCUGUACCAUAGUUUUCUGGCUCUGUGCUGCCAUCGGAUGAUAACGACAGCCUACUAGCUAGCUGUAGGAAGCUCUUCCCAAAGCUUCCAUCUAUUACCUUUGAAAGCCAUAACAUAUCAUAUCAGUUGAUUUGUGAGAAAGAAAAUGUUAACUAGGAGUAAAGCCAAGGAAGGACCUCCCAAUGAAGAGGCUGCUGCUGCUCCCAAAAGUAGAAAGAAGCAAAAGGUUUCAAGGGAUGACCGUGCUGUUGCUGUUGCUCUUGCCAAUUUGAGAAAGGCACCCUUGCCAAAUAAAGAUCAGUUUGCUUAUGAGCUUAAUUUCUCACAGGAAUACAAGAGUAACAGUAUUGGAGGACACAUCUCCCGCACGGUGAAGGGAUUUGCACAGGCAGUGGCUAGUUCCAAAAAGAAAGGACCUAAGUUUAAGCGUGCCAAAGCAAAACGGAAGAAGACUUGUGCCAUUCCAAGGCCUUCUUUCACCAAGCAAGCAUGUGACCAUUUUCUGAAGAUGGCUGCAGAGGGGCACCCUAUAUUCUAUAGUGGCACGGAGGAGAGAGAUUGUCCAAGACUUCCCAAGAACAGAAAGACCAUUGUUUGCUCUGCUCCAAAAGAUCUGAAAGUCUUGGAGGUUGACCCUGAGAAGGGCCUACACAUGCCAGGUGUUUUUACUGUAGUUCCCCAGGCUGCUGUCCAGGAGGUGUUUUGGAGCAAGGAACAUUUCUCUCAGUUCUACUCAGCUCUGGACCAGCUCAAGGACCAGAGCAAGAAUCCAUCAACACCCAGAGGAAAAACUCGAAUACCCAUACUGGAAGAUUCUGAGGGAACGAAAUACAUUACUGUUGGUACAGCACCAUGCAGGAACAAGAAAGGCUGCAACAAUCAGAUGCGGGGUCUGGAUCUUCCAGAGAAUGAAGCUGCAUAUGAGUCAAUCUCCAGACUCAUCAGAAUGACGGAAGCUGUGGCCAAAGGCUGGAUUGAUUAUGAGGCUCUGGUGGCCCUGGGUGUCAUGAAAGACCUGGCUGAUGUGGAAGGCAUGCCACUUCAUGAUGGGAAAAAGUCCAAACUUUGUGCUGCUUUUGCAAUGGGCAAAAACUGUUACCUCAAUGCGCACACUGAUGUUGAUGCAUUCCUCUCAAUCAACAUGGCCAUCCCCAAGGACCUCAGUGAUGAUGUUUGGAAGGAUGGUGCAAUUUUGAACUACUGGUGCUUUCCAGCUCUAGGGUUUUGUAUCCCAUUGCGUUGUCGGGAUAUUCUUAUCUUCAACCCCCUUGAGAGCCAUUGUAUUUCUUCCCGCUGCAAUGACCAGCGGGAUGAAUACAAUGUGACCAUGUAUUUGAAAACUGCUGUUGUGGGUGGCAAUGACAACUCUCCUGGAAGGUUAACAACCUUGGCUGAGAAAAUCCAAGGGAAUAAAGAUAUUCAAGAGGCAAAAGAAUUUGAGGAAAAAGCCUUAGAAAAAUAAAAUACUCUUUUUAGAUAUUAGUUUUCUCCUCCUGUG